UCGCGUGGGCCGGCGCCACGACAAUAUUCGCCAUGUGCGCAGACGCACCGCUCGUAUGCUAGAACUCCUCACUAACAAACUCGCGAACGUGCUGUGAAAGUGCAAAUGUAUCGUUUAAAAUAAUAAUGUAAUAAAUAAAUAUUCUGUGAAUAUUUUUUUUAUCUUUUGAGUGAAUAUUUUGUGUGAUUUUAAUUUUAUUUAUAAUUCGAAAAGUUUUCAGCGAGCGUCUGUUAUAAUCAUGGACGACACGGAGGCUCAAGCGCAAGCGCACAAUUUGCUGGGUCAGAAGACACUGCCACCCAAAACUCCAGACAAUGCACUUACUAGAACACUAAGAUCAUGUUGUGUCAUCCCACAGCGGUACAUUUUGGGCGUGAUGGGUCUUAUGGGAGUUUGCAAUGCGUACACCAUGAGAGUUUGCCUCAACUUGGCCAUCACACAGAUGGUCAACCACACGAAGAGUGCCAAUGGUCACCAUUAUGUUGAUCCUGACGCUUGUCCCAAUGAUGAUGUUGUGUCUGCCAAUGGAACUGAACCUUAUAGACCGUACGCAACUUUCGAUUGGGACGAAAAAACGCAAGGUCUUAUACUUAGUGGAUUUUAUUACGGGUAUGCAGCGACCCAGGUACCGGGAGGGUACUUGGCUGAAAAGUUCGGUGGAAAAUGGACCCUUGGAGUGGGUUUAUUAAGCACUGCGCUAUUCACUUUCCUCACACCUAUAGUCAUCAGAGGAGGUGGUGCUACUUGGCUGUUCAUUCUGCGUGUUCUCCAAGGAAUGGGUGAAGGUCCAACCAUGCCAGCCCUGAUGAUAAUGUUAGCAAGAUGGGUGCCACCUCACGAGAGAUCAUUCCAAGGGGCGUUGGUCUUCGGAGGAGCACAGAUCGGCAACAUAUUCGGGUCUUUCAUGUCUGGUAUACUGCUGGCAGAUGGUCGAGACUGGGCGUAUGUCUUCUACUUCUUCGGUGGUUUUGGACUUCUGUGGUUCUUGUUGUGGAGUCUCCUGUGCUACAGCACCCCGAACUCACAUCCGUACAUUUCGAAGAAAGAGUUGAACUAUUUAAACGCUAAUGUAACGACGGCUGAAGUUCAGUCUGCCAAAGAUCCAGUCCCGUGGAAAGCUAUCCUGAGGUCUGCGCCGGUGUGGGCCUUAGUUUGGGCAGCUGUUGGGCACGACUGGGGGUACUAUACAAUGGUAACAGACCUACCGAAGUAUUCCCACGACGUACUCAAAUUCAACAUUGCUACUACUGGUACGCUCACUGCGUUGCCCUACAUUGCUAUGUGGUUGAGUUCCUUCCUCUUCGGCUUCAUCUGUGACUUGUGCAUCAAGAAGGGCUGGCACACCAUCAAGACUGGAAGAAUUAUCCAUACUACUAUUGCUGCUACUGGACCUGCAAUUUGCAUCAUCCUGGCUUCUUAUGCUGGCUGUGAUCGUACUGCUGCGAUGGUGUACUUCGUCCUAUCUAUGGCUCUGAUGGGCGGCUUUUACAGUGGCAUGAAGGUCAAUGCUUUGGAUCUUGCACCGAACUACGCUGGAUCUCUAACGUCUCUAGUUAAUACAACCUCGACUUUUGCCGGCAUUAUUACACCAUACCUUAUCGGAUUGUUGACGCCUGAUUCAACGCUUGUACAAUGGCGAGUGGCGUUCUGGGUAUGUUUCGCCGUAUUGGUUGGUACCAACGUCAUAUAUUGCAUUUGGGCUGAUGGUGACCAGCAAUGGUGGGAUGACGUCAGGCUUCUAGGGUACCCACCUGGCUGGAAACAUGGACCCCUGGUGCAUGAAGAGCCGAAACAGGAAGAAACCGUAGCACUUUCUGAUAGAAAGGAAAAUAAUAAAGAAUAGAAAAGGUUUUAGGUAUGCUAAAAACUUUUUGAUAUCAAAUAGUCCGUUAAAAUAUAGCUUGAUUAAUUUGACAGCCAGACAGAGAGAGAAAGAUACAAAUACAGUCACAAAACAUACAUAAUAAAAUAAAAAAAAAAUCUAUUAUUUUGACAGUAAGUAAUUAAACUAUAUUUUUCAUGGAGUAGGUUCAGUGAUGUUAUAGCCGAAAGAAUAUUGUUUGAUUUUUUUAUGUGAUGACGAAAGAUGGCAUAAUGUUUAGAAUAAUAAAAUGUAUUAAUAUAUAUUAUAUUAAUAUUAUAUUUUUCUUUAGGAGGAUGAGCCGGUAGGAAAUGUGGAAAAACUAUCUUGAUAGUCCUAAUAAUUUUGUAAUAAGACGUAGGUAUAUGAACUAAAUUAAUAUACGUAUCAAAGAGUAUGAAAUAUACUUCAUCAUGCUUCUACUUCAGGUAGACUACGAGUAGGGUGUUUGGCUAAUAGCCAAACCCUUGCCAAAGUUUUCAAACCGCCCAAAACCCCUAACUUACCCGAUUAUUAUUGGCAUGUGUCAUUUACUAUUUCUGUGAUAAUUACUACAAAAUUAAUUACAUUUUGCUCGCUGAACAUUUCCUUUUCCUCGCCACCACUUAGUGAAGGCUUUGGUCUACCGACAGUCCUCCAGAUUCGUCAAAAUGAAUUGUAAUUAGCCACCAAUUUAUAAAAUUGUGUGAACAUUAUUGUUUUACUCUUUUGGAUAUUAAUACUUCGAGCACGAAUAAUGUGAAUUUUAGCAUUCCAAGAGUUAUACUCUGGAUUAUGUUUGCAUGAAAUAUCUAAUUAUACUUAUUAUAUACUCUUAGUAUGCUCGAUUAACAUUAUUCCAUUAAGUAUUCUAGUUCAGAGAAUAAUAAGAAAUUACUGGAACAAUGUGAAUUGAGCAUUAGUACAUUUUAAGUUUGCAUGCCUUUAGUCUAAGUUUUGAUUAUUAUUUGUUAGCAUUAUUGUAUCACCAGUGUAACUAGUCAAGUUUGCAGAACUACUUUAGGAACAGUACAAAUCAGUGCCUUAUAUUUAUUAAGGCAGUACAUUGAUAACCAUGGUAACAAUUACCAUUGAUCUUUUAUGUAAAUUCAACAACUUAAAUAAAAUUAAGUGUUUCCAGUUCAUA